UUUUUUUUUCUCGCUUUCUUUUUUUCUUAUUUUUCAACAAGAAAAAGACUUAGUUUUACAAUUGUUAUAUAUAAUAUCUACACUAUUUAUUUUAAUUGACGCAUGUUAUGUCGCUUGCUGGUUAUCUCUUCGGUAACGUGGACGAACAUGGUCGACUCGACAAUGAUUUAGACGAAGAUUUGCGGGAAACAUUACAACAUGUGGAUUCGGACGUAUUCUCAAAGAUCUUCAGUUCAGAUACUCUUGGGUUAGGCGUCGAAAAACAACAAGAGAAAGCUUCCAAGGAUCAUACUGGUGGUGAUAAUGAUAGCGAUCAAGAAGAAGAACAAGACGAAGACGACGAUGACGAUACAGUGGACACUGAACAAAUAUUAACCAAAAGUAUUCCGACAGUUCAUUCUUCCGAUGCAGUUGACUACUCCGAUUUUGACGAAACAGUACCCGAUGAUCAGAUUUACUCUGACAAAUACUACAAACGAGGCAUGGGUAUAUUUCAACAACAAAAAUCAACAUUACCACGAUCACGACUUCAUAUGGUUAGCGACAAUUAUGACGAAGAAGAAGAAGAAGAGGAAGAACAUAGCAGUACAGUAUCUUUACCUCCUCCGCCUCCCACUACUUCUACUACCUUGACUACAAAUAAGAAUACAACUUCUUCUAUCACUACUCUUAAACUUCCUUGUUCACCCUCAUUUAUGUCAGCUCCUCCUUCUCCAUCAUCUAAAUCACUUACAGCAUCAAUAUCUUCACCUACAACAGCAACAGCUUAUAAUGUACCAUCAUCAAGUCCAGCCAGUUUAGUUAAUGCCAUCAAAGCAUCAACAACAAAACAAAAUGAUGAAAAAGUAAUAGAUAUCAAGGAAUUGUUCCCAGCAUUUGAAAAGAACAAGAUUUUGAAGUUCUCAGAUUUAUUUAUGACAAACAUCAAACGACGUUCUAAAUUACGCCCAACCAAAAAAGUUACAUUUGGUGAAGGUGUGGAAUAUGAGAUCAGUAGAGAUGAUCAAGCUUACUUCAAUCGUACCUCUAAGGCUGAUCGUUUACGAUGGAAAAUGGAACAAGUCUCAGCUUCAAAACGAAGAAAACUGGAUAUAGAAGUACAAGAUGAUGAUAUUCAUCGAUCAUUAUAUUCAGAUAGUGAUGGUGAUCAAAGUUCUAUGGAUGAAUCGGAUGAAGAAACGAAAAAGUUGCGGGAAAAUUUGGUCAAGCAUAUCGAUAAUGACAAGUUAUAUCACUCUGUUGUUCUUGAUUCAUGGGAAGACCAAAUCAUUUGGGGAUCUGAUGAAGAUGAAUCAAUGCUUAGUAGGGAUAACCAAGAAAAUAAGAAUGUGGAAAUCAAGCAUACCAAUAACGAAUUAGAAGAAGGAUCAUGGUUAUCUGCUAUUCGAUGGGAUCGUGAAAAAUUAGAUCCAAAAUUCAUGAAAAUCAACCUAGAUUUGAAUGAUCCUCAUAUGCUAUUUGAUUGCGAAGAAGUCGAGGCUACAAAGGCUCAACUGGUGGUACCGAAACAUGUCAAAAAAGGAAGAAAACCUUUACCAAGACCAAUACCAAAGAUACCGAUCAUAUAUAAUACUGACACUGAGCCACACAGCAAACUACCUCUCAAUCGAUUCAACUUAUCUAAUGACAAAUUCUACGAUUCUCUAUAUAUUGGAAGAUUGGUUCGUGUGCGACAAACAUUGGGUGAAUUGGUCGUCUCACACGCUUUACCUGCUUUGAAACUUCACCCUGCACUGUACAAAACAAAACUCACAAAAGCUGAACUGCGAUCCUUUCAUCGACCUCUUUUCCAACCUCCUCUCGGUGAAGACAUUGUAUUCUCAAGGGUCAAGGCAAUCAAACGCAAAAAGAAAGACAAGAAGAAACCAUCAUCAGAAUUUAUGCGCACUACCAAAGACAUUUCUCUCAAGGAUACAUCAUCUUUUGUACUUUUGGAAUACUCUGAAGAACAUCCUCCAAUCAUAUCAAAUCCUGGCAUGGGUGCAUUGAUUAUCAAUUAUUAUCGAAAAACAGAACCUAAAGACGAAUAUAUACCUACUAAUGAUAUUGGUGAACCAUUUGUAUUAGAUAUUGGCGAUACUUCACCCUUCAUGACAUUCGGCAACGUAGAACCUGGACAGAACAUCACGGUAUUAUACAACAAUCUUAUUCGGGCACCUUUAUUUAGACAUGAAUCAAAGCAUUCCGACUUUUUGCUGGUCAAAAGCACAUACAAAGGGACGUCCAAAUAUUUUCUUCGUGAAAUACCUGCUAUCUUCACUAUUGGUCAAACAUAUCCUGUACAAGAGGUACCAGGUCCUCAUUCUCGUAAGGUGACAACGACAGUGAAAAAUCGACUUCAAGUAGUAGCCUAUCGACUGAUUAAACGCAAUCCACAACAUCGACUCAAGAUGAGUAAAUUAGCUCAACGGUUCCCUGAAUAUUCUGAUAUCCAAAUUCGACAACGAUUGAAAGAAUUUCUGGAAUUCCAUCGACAAAGCAAAGUGGGCGGUGGUGGUUACUGGAAAGCACGAGGUAAUGGUGGUAUGCCUCCUGAUGAAGAGGAAUUACGGAAAAUGGCUUCUCCUGAAAUGGUAUGUCUCUAUGAAAGUAUGUUGGUGGGUGAACGUCAUUUACAAGAUUUGGGUUAUGGAGAUGUCAAUGAUGAAGAUGAAGGUGGUGACGGUGAUACAAAGCUGGAAGUGGAACAACAAUUAGCUCCCUGGUUCUCUACUCGCAACUUUAUCAAUGCUAGUCAAGGAAAGGCAAUGUUGAAACUUUAUGGUGCUGGUGAUCCUACAGGUCGUGGUGAAGGUUUUAGUUUUAUUCGUGUAUCCAUGAAAGACAUCUUUUUACGUGCUGGUGAAUCUGCCGAAGAAAAACUAGCUCAAAUUGAAGCAAGGCCUAAAAGUGCUCAUAGGUAUAAUGUAGCUGAACAACAACAGAUUUAUCGUGAAGAAAUUGCAAGAAUCUGGAAGGCUCAAUUGGAUGCACUGUCAAACCCGGAAGAACCUACUCUGUCUGAUCAUGAUGAAGAAAGUGAAAUUGAUGAACAGGAACCACAAAGUCCAUAUAUGUCACCUUCACCUGCUACACCUUCUUACCGUCGUUACGAUCGUGCUACUUCUGAAAUUGAUGAUGAUGAUAUUUCUGUUACUGGUAGUUUAAGCUCAAGAACAAGUUACCAUAUGAAUAAUCCCAACAAACAUUUGGUAAUUCGAAGGUUGAUGCGACAACCCAACGGUGAAAAGACAUGGCAACAAGAAAUCAUUCGUGAUCCAAUAGUCAUCAAGUCAUAUCUACGACAACGUCAGAUGAUUGAAGAGGAGGCUACAACCACCGAAGCCUUAGAACCAACAGACGAUGCUGAAAAGAACGCUAGAAUGAAAAAACGUAUUCAGGACCAACUUGCCAAGCUCAAACGAAACGCUGAACGUAGACGACAACGACAACUGACAAAACAGGCUGGAUUGGCUGAAAAUCCAGUCUUGGGCUUGAUUAGAGGAAAGCGUGGAGAAGGUGCAAUGCGUCGAUGUGGUAACUGUGGUCAACUGGGACAUAUGAAGACAAACAAGAAUUGUCCAAUGUUUUAUAUUGUGAAUGGUCAACAAAAUGGUAGUAGCACCCCUCAAACACAAGCAACAACACCAUCUACACCAAUGACUCCAUCUAUAGCUGAUAACAUGAGCUUUGUGACAUCUCCUUAAAAUCUAC